UAGGCGGGCGCGUCCUCCAUGUGGGCCUCCUGCUGUGGGUUACUGAACGAGGUGAUGGGCACGGGGACCAUGCGGCCGCCCGGCGCACAGGCGGGCUUCGGGCCGGGCGCCAGACCCUUCCGCUUCGCCCCGAGCGCCGCCUACUCCACCUACUCCACCUACCCGCCGACUACGCCCUCCUCCUCCAGCUCCAGCUCCGUCCACAACAGCGCCAGCGUCAGCGCCGGACUCGCCUGCAAAGCCUGCGGACUGGCCUUCUCCGUCUUCAGGAGGAAGCAUGUGUGUUCGGACUGCCGUAAGAGCUACUGCUCGCUGUGCUCGGUGCUCCAGGAGAACCUGCGUCGCUGUGCCACGUGCCAGCUGCUGUGGGGCACGGCCUUCCAGCGCCCGCAGCUCAUGCGCCUGCGGGUCAAGGACCUGCGCCAGUACCUGACGCUGCGCAACGUCCCCACACACACCUGCCGCGAGAAGGAGGACCUCGUGGACCUGGUGCUGUGCACGCUGGGACCCCGGCCACCGCCACACACACGCAUCGGGGAGGAGGCGGUGCAGGCGGUGCAGGAGGAGCAGGAGGAGCAGGAGGAGGCGCGAGAGGAGGAGGCAGCGGAGAGGCCGGGGGUGCUCCUGACCCCCCCACAGGGAUCCGCCCCUCGGUCAGUCUCAGAACACUCAGAGCUGUCAAUCAACACCUCGCAAGACGACACACUCAGCUCAAGCGACAGCUCAGGCACCAGCAGUCAGGAUCAAGCUGAUGCUGCCUCCCUCGCCACAUUGAACCUGGAGGACAGUAGCAGUAUACAGGAGGCCAGCCCGGGUACCCAGCGGCGUGCGCGGGCCUCGCUCUCGGACCUGGCCACCGAGGACGCCAUCGAGAGCCUGACGGUGCGGCAGCUGAAGGAGAUCCUGGCGCGGAACUUCGUCAACUUCUCGGGCUGCUGCGAGAAGUGGGAGCUGGUGGAGCGGGUGCACCGGCUGUACCGCGACAACGAGCAGAACCGCAGAUCCAUGGAGAAUGUGAGCAGUGACAUCACAGCAGACGGUGUCCUGAGGCCCCAGUUGAGUGCGGUGGAUGAGAACUUGUGUCGUAUCUGUAUGGACGCGCUGAUCGACUGCGUGCUGCUCGAGUGUGGACACAUGGUCACCUGCACCAAGUGCGGCAAACGCAUGAACGAGUGCCCCAUAUGCAGGCAGUACGUGGUGCGCGCAGUGCACGUCUUCAAGUCCUAA